AUGCAAUGUGCCCAAGCUAGGCCCAAAGCUAGACUCACCCAUCUGCCUGAUGUAUGCAGGCACUCCAAGUUUCCCAACCUCAACCCAUUCACUCCAUCAUGUGCCCCAAUAAAAUCCACCACUUGGUUGGUGACAACCACCGCCAACCCAAACUUAUUUGCUAAAGCCUUCCCAGAUAUCUUGAAGAACAUUUCAUACCACCGUUUCAAAUCUUCCGGUGUCGUCUAA